AUGGCUGGGCAUGCGGCGGCCGCAGGGCUGGGCCCUGGGCAGCUGGAGCGCCGAAGCGCUUGCUGCUGGGGCCGGAGCCGAGGCGCGGUGCUGCUGCUCUUCUUCUCGCUGUCACCGCGGCCCCCUGGCGGAGCGGCGUGGUUGCUGGGGCUGAGACCGGAGGACACGACGCCCGGGCGCGUGUGGCUCGAAGGGGGAGCUCUGCGGGCGGCCGAGGGAUCCCGCUUCUUGCUGCGCCUCUACUUCCAGCCACCAGCCGAGGGAAGCAACAGCAGCAGGAACAGCAGCAGCGGGCGACAGCAGAGCGAGCCCCGCUUAGUCUUCGUCGAGGAGCCGGCCAAGGCGGAGCACUGUCCCGAGCGCGGCGCCUGGGCCUCCGAUGUGGAGGUGCUGGGCCCGCUGCUGCCCGGUGGCUCGGCCGGCUCAGCGUUGGCCGAGGUGAGGGUGCGCGAGCCACGAAAGGGCGAGCCGGGUGCCGGGCCCGAGGGGCGCCGCUUCUGGCUGUGCGCCUGGGACGGGGGCGCCUGGCAACUGCACGGCACGCCGGGGGGCUUCCUGCUGCAAGUGGAGGCGCCGGUGGCGGGCUUGGCUGCGGGACUGGUCCCGCUGCCCACCGAGGGUUGGCUGAGGGCGCUGGGCGCGCUCGUCUUGCUGGCGCUGUCGGCCCUUUUCAGCGGCCUCCGCUUGGCCGUGCUGUCGCUCGAUCCGAUGGAGCUGCGCGUGCUGCGCAACAGCGGCUCGGCGGCGGAGCGGGAGCAGGCGCGCAAGGUGGAGGCGGCGCGUGGCCGCGGCGGGAGCGGCACGUACCUGCUGUGCACGCUGCUGCUCGGGCAGGCUGGCGCCAACGCGGCGUUGGCGGGCUGGUUGUGCGCCGCGCUGCAGGCCGGGCACAGCCCCCUGCCGGAAGCCAGCCAAGGCGUGCCCUGGGUCCCUGUGCUGCUUUGCACCAGUGUGGUCUUCCUAGGCGGUGAGGUGCUGCCUUACUCGGUGUGCUCCCGCCACGGGCUGGCCAUCGCAGCGCACACACUCUUUCUCACGCGCCUGCUGAUGGCGGCCACCUUCCCAAUCUGCUACCCACUCAGCCUCUUGCUGGACUGGGCACUGCACCAGGAGCUGAGUACCUUUUCCACCCGGGAGCGCCUGUUGGAGACGCUGCGGGAUGCUGACCCCCACGGUGACCUGGUGAGCGAGGAGCUGGCGAUGGUGCAAGGUGCGCUGGAGCUGCGCACCAAGGUUGUCGAGGACAUCCUGACACCCCUGAGUGACUGCUUUAUGUUGCGCUCUGAUGCUACUCUAGACUUUGCCACCAUUUCUGAGAUCCUGCGCUCAGGCUACACACGCAUCCCAGUGUAUGAAGGUGAGCGACGAGACAACAUUGUGGACUUGCUGUUUGUCAAGGACUUGGCCUUUGUGGAUCCUGAUGACUGCACCCCGCUGCAGACAGUCACCCGCUUCUACCACCGCCCGCUGCACUGUGUCUUCCAUGACACCCGCCUAGAUGCACUGCUCGAGGAGUUCAAGAAGGGUAAAUCACACCUGGCCAUUGUGCAGCGAGUGAAUAAUGAAGGGGAAGGAGACCCUUUUUAUGAGGUGAUGGGGAUUGUCACCCUUGAGGAUGUGAUUGAAGAGAUAAUCAAAUCUGAGAUUCUGGAUGAGACAGACCUCUACACUGAAAAUCACAAGAAAGAGCGGGCACCCCAUAGGGGUAGGAAACCGCAUGAUUUUUCCAUCUUCCGGCUCUCAGAUAGUGAAAUGAGGGUGAAGAUCUCCCCACAGCUAUUGCUGGCUACGCACCGCUUCAUGGCUACAGAAGUGGAGCCCUUCAAGGCACCGUAUCUCUCAGAAAAGAUCCUGCUGCGGUUGCUCAAACACCCAAAUGUCAUCCAGGAGAUGAAGUUUGACCACAAGAACAAGCGAGCUCCUGAGCACUACCUCUACCAGCGCAACCGGCCAGUUGACUACUUUGUGCUCAUCCUGCAGGGAGAGGUGGAAGUGGAAGUGGGGAAGGAAGGCCUGCGUUUUGAGAAUGGGGCGUUUACUUACUAUGGUGUCCCAGCCAUCAUGGCCGUAGUCUGCUCAGAUAACGACGUGCGCAAAAUGAGCAGCCUGGCUGGGUCAUCCGUUCUGCUGCCUGUGUCCAUGUCCCGUACCUUCGCCUUCAGCAGAGGGGAAUCUUUGGCUGGCUCCCCAGUGAACCAGUCGCCGUCCCGUUGCAGUGGAUUAAACCGCUCCGAGUCCCCCAUCCGAGAGCGCAAUGACUAUGGAGGCAGCAGUACCCAACUCCACAGUGGUAGCAACAACAUCUACAUGCCAGAUUACUCUGUUCACAUCCUCUGUGACGUGCAGUUUGUCAAGAUCACUCGACAGCAGUACCAAAAUGCAUUGGCUGCCAGCCGCAUGGAUAGCUCGCCCCAGACCCCCGACAUGGAGGUUUUCAGUGAUGGCAGUUCCACCAGGCCUCCCACAGCCAGGGGCACCCCACAGACGCCCAAAGACGAUCCGGUCAUCCUCCUGCAUGAAAGAAGCAACAUUGUGGUUAGCCAAUCAGACUGGCGACUGAAGAGCCCCACAGACUCCGUCUUCCUGCACAUGGAGGGAAUCCCCCACAUCCAGGAGGAGCUAGCAAGCAAUACAGAACCAAAUGUGCAGCAAAGAAAGGAAGACUGUAUUUUCAGGCUGGACCCAGAGACCACAAACAAAGAAAUGGAGUUCAACAUCUCCCCAAGCGGCCCUGAGGAGCCCCUGGGCAAGAAGUUACUCCGUACCCUUAGUGGGAGGAGGAGAAACCCAUCGGCAGACAGUGAAAAGAGUUCAGAAGACAAUUCCAAUUUCACACCUCUCAUCACAUGACUGGCAACAUGGUAUUGCCCUCCCACAGGUUAGUAUGGUGUUUUGUCCUGUUCCUGGCAGUACAGGGAUCUUCUGAGAUGUACAUGCAGAGAGAGUAAAUUUUUGCCUUUUUGUGGAAUAUUCUGUUUCCUUAGUGGCCUUUCACUCCUUCGCUAUGCAAUCCUAGAACAAAGGCACUUUAAUAUUGAGUCUUUGUUUCUAAAUGUAUAACAGUCAGCUUCCCCAGGUCUCAUUUCAUGAACGGUGUAGUUUUAAAACAACUAGCAGUUGUACACAACCUUCCUGUGCAGAACCAGUACUGGACUGUACAUCCUGCUUCAUGCAGCUUUUAAAGGAACGUCUCAGGCGGUUUUCUCUCUACGAGUGCAUGCUAAAGGAAACUAGGCCCUGAAUUA